AUGCAAGACAACUUUAGAGAUGCUUUCUGGUCCCCUGUAGCCGCCACAGAGCCAAUACCCAACUACACUAUUGGAUUACAUGCGCUUCAUGACAAACUAUCCACAUCUGCGCUUGAGAAUGAUACCAUUACCACCUACUUGCAAAAGCGCAUUGAUACGGAGAACGCGUGCGCCGACUUGAUGCUAUCUGACCUCUCAUCUGCCAUGGCAUCUGCCUCUGCCUCUGUAGAGUCGACCAUGAACGCUAGCUUGAAGAGCUCCUUUGACAUGGUAUGUCACGAGAGUACAGAAACUGCCCGUUGCCAUCGAAUGCGAGCAAACGUGUUAGCGCAGGAUGUUCUGGAACCAUUGGCCAGCUUUUCUCGCUUAUUCAAGGACCAAUUGCAGAGCAAAAGGUCGAGAUUGGAAGAGGAUAUCUUGGAAUUUGAGCAUGCUGCUCAAUCUGCAUUACUCACAAGGUCCGUGUACUGGUCUCGAUGCCGAGCGCUUGAAUUGGCAUGUCCAGAUUUCAGACCACCCGUCCCUUUUGGAUUCCAAGAAGACGAUGACGAGGAGAAUGAUGACCUGAAUGAAGGUGAUGAGGAUGAUGUCAAGGAUGCUCAGUUUGUAGGUGGAAGGCAGCGAUCCAGUUCUGUAACGUCAGAACUCAAUGUGGAUCGUGGAGGCGUUCGAUUAGGCAAAUGCACAGUGCUGCCCUACAGAGAUGUCGCAAGAGCUGUCAACAGAAUGCAAAAGAUGAUUGAAGGCACCAAAGCCGGCCCAACAGCACCUCAGAAAUACCUAGGAAAGCACAUCUUUGAAUGGAUUCGAGACUAUUGUGCUACCCCACCGCACACCUCGCAGCAACAGGAAGUGACGCUGGACACGGAAUCACAGGAAAUAUGCAAACAUCUGGUGGCACUGAAAUUCUUGCGCUGUGUGCCCAAGGAAAAGAGUGGAUUUAACCAGGAUCAGUACUACGAAGUGCAGCAGAAUGUGGUAGAGCGUUAUCUGCGCAAGACCCGUAUUCGACGCAGUGUGGAUAAUGGCCAGCCGGAACCAGCACAUGAAGGUGAGGUGAGCAUGACAUUGGAAGUGCCCUCUUCGUCUCGUUCUCCAUCAAACGGCAAUGCGACAUCCAAUGCUAUCAGUGGAUUCUUUGGCCGUUUUUCAUCUCGAAAGAAGUCUGCUGUAGACCUCACUACCAAAGCGCAUACAGAAAUGGUGGAGGCGGAUGAUGCUUACAAAAAGAAAAUCAAGGCAGUAAAUCAAAUGAGGAAAUCACUCGAGGAAAGCCUGGCCACUCAUUUUGAUGAAAUGCAGCAACUGGAAAUGGAUAGAAUCAAUGCGAUCAAGCACGCUUUCAUAACUAUGGCAACUACAUUGACUGGCACACUGUCCAUGUUUAAAGAGGCCUACAGCCGAAUUACACUCUUUCAGGAGCCGUUGAAACCCGAGCAAGAUAUUCAUUAUAUUGUAGAACAGUUCAAGACAGGCGAAUACUGCCCUCGACCCAUGGUGUAUGAAAACUAUUAUCACGGAGCUGCUAUUGAUCAGAUCUUUGGUGUGCCAUUGGAAGAAGUAGCUCAAAUCUAUGGCUCGUACGUGCCUCCCAUUGUCAACAAGGGCCUCAAAAUCAUUGAUGCAGGUCUUGCGCUAAAGAAAAAAGACGAACUUAUUAAGCUUACCAAGGAUAUAUGGUCCAAUAUGAUACCAAUGAAGGAAUUGAACAAACUGUGUGAUGAAAUUGAUAGUUUAGCAGGCUCUAAACUGAAGCAGAUACUAGAGACAUUCAACCUGAAUGAACUCGCCAACAUCAUUCGAGUCUAUCUGUUGGAACUGCCUGAGUGUUUGUUAACAUUUGACUUGUACGACCCCGUCAAAAUUCUUUAUGCUACUCCACAAGGCACCGAGAGUCGACUGAUGUCUGUCAGUAAACUGCUAGCCACUCUACCGUCCCCCAAUUACCAUACACUGAAGGCUUUAUCACAUCAUCUAUUCAAAUUGUUGAAACAAACCAACGACGAAGACUUGCUCAAUCAGCUGACAUCCAUGUUUGCCUACAUCUUGAUACGACCAAGAACAACGUCUUCAAUAAAUAUGCAUGACCGCCAUCCUAAGAGACUUGUACGUGAUCUAUUGACCUGCUAUGAUACCAUCUUCACCAAAGCUGUCAAUCGUGCUCAAAAAUCCAGUGCUUCUCGAUCUGCCAUUGUAGCCGACAAUGCGUCUUCGACUGUAUUAUUCGUGUCUCCGCCCAUGAAUGACACAGCCCCAGAUCACACCAACACUGAAUCAGCAUUGCGUCGCACACUCUUGAAUAUCAUGCAUCGUAACUCUGCAGAAACAGGCACACAUGCUGACCACGACGCUUCGCCUGACAGUCCCGGAGGGCCCCCCAUUGUACCUCAUUCCAAGCUGACACUAUUUGAGGAUCCAGAUAAAAGUGAACCAACACCAAAGCAAUCAGGCACAUCCACACCGCAAGAGCAAAUCAAGAAUAUACCUGUAUUGGAUGACAAUGAUCGUGUGGAUGCAGAACGUCUUUCUACUGAUGUGAGUUUAAUGCUUGAUUUAGAUGACCAAGAUGAUGCAGUGGAAAUUACAGACAAAGAUGAUGUUGAUAGACGCCGAUUGACACCUACUUCAGAGAGAACACCCAACCGAUCUCGUGCGUCUACUCGAGGCACCCUGGAUAAUGUGGACCUAGAUCCAUUUUUUGACGAUUGA